AUGUCCAUUGGAAUAGCCUUGCUUGGAGCAGGUGUUUUUGCAAAGAAAGAGCCCGAGCCCACAGAGCACCUCCCGGCAAUCAACUCAAGUGAAUUGUUCACCUUGAAAGCAGUCUACUCACGAUCGCAGAGCUCCGCCGAGAAUUUUGUAUCUACAGCCUUCGAGGGUGAGGCCUGCAAGGACAUCGAUGCUUACUUUGACUCGCCGUCUGUCCAAUCUAAGUCGCUUGAUGAUCUUUUACGGCGAAGUGAUAUUGCAGCCGUUAUUAUUGCAGUCGCUAUUGACGUUGCGCCAGUGCUUAUUAAAAAGGCAUUGGCCGCCGGCAAGCAUGUACUGAGCGAGAAGCCCAUUGCGCCCGACCUCAACAUAGCCCGGAGCCUAGUCGAUUAUUCUCAGGGGAUAAAAGGCGCCCUAUGGGGAGUGGGUGAGAAUUUCCGGUUCUGGGACUCUGUGCAUCGGGCAGCGAAAAUUAUCAAGGACCUCGACGCAAACCUACUCACCUUUUCUGUCGCUGCCUUUUCCUUCACAGACUCUAGGAACCCUUUCUAUCAUUCUGAAUGGCGCCAGAAGCCUACUUUUCAGGGCGGUUAUCUACUUGACGGCGGCGUUCAUUUUGUGGCUGUCUUACGAACGUUACUUGGUGCCUUAGGUCGAAAGAUUGAAAGCACAUCCGCAUACACGAUGUCUUUGCAACAAAAUUUACCUCCUGUUGACACUAUCCAUGCCAUCUUGAGAACGGAUAACGGGCGCAGUGGCUCCUAUAUCUCAUCUGUUGGAACUGAAGCCAAGCUUGGCAUGGAGUUUGAAAUUGUCACAGACAAAGGCGUUAUCACGUAUCGCCCAUUUGAGAUGAAAAUCUUGACUAAACUCAAGAACCAGCUGGAUAAGUGGGAGAAUCAAACAGAACCAGCGCCAUUGAUGUGGGGUGUGAAGGAAGAAGUCGCGGCAUUUGCUGAGUCCAUCGCCACAGGUAGACUGGACUCGAGAUUGUCAACCUCUGAAGCCCUGGAAGAUUUGAGGGUUAUGGAAGCUAUGCUUAUGUCCGCGGAGAAUGGAGGUCGGCCAGUAACUAUUGCUAGAGACACAGCUUAG